ACCUACCCUCACGCGCAUGCGCUGCUGUCGACACCAAGAAACGUCGCAGUCGUCCAUACAAACGCUGCAGCAACCACUAUCUUCUCACCACGUGGCCCUGAAAAUGCCCUUUGAAUGUCAGAACUUUCGUCAUCCACCACGCGUCGACCCGAGAAAGAUGCUCUCAGAAAUGCACUCUCUCUCUUUCUCUCUCCAGAACACAACUCAACACACUCUUCAAUUUCAAACGCACACUCUUCAACUUCACUGUCCCUCCCUUUUUAAUUGAAACCAAAGCAAACCUCGCUUUCUCAGUUUCUCUUUCUUAGGGUUUUCUCCACCGUCCAUUGCAAAGUCUUGCGCCCAAUUUCCAUGGAACUGUAAAGAGAGGAUAGUUAGAAGAUUAAAUCUUAAAGCAGUAAGUCAUCAUGGAUAAAUCAGAGCAGACUCAACAGCAGCAGCAGCAACAACAGCAUGUGAUGGGAGUUGCCGCAGGGGCUAGCCAAAUGGCCUAUUCUUCUCACUACCCGACUGCUUCCAUGGUGGCUUCUGGCACGCCCGCUGUAACUGCUCCUUCCCCAACUCAGGCUCCAGCUGCCUUCUCUAGUUCUGCUCACCAGCUUGCAUACCAGCAAGCACAGCAUUUCCACCACCAACAGCAGCAACACCAACAACAGCAGCUUCAAAUGUUCUGGUCAAACCAAAUGCAAGAAAUUGAGCAAACAAUUGACUUUAAAAACCAUAGCCUUCCUCUUGCUCGGAUAAAAAAGAUAAUGAAAGCUGAUGAAGAUGUCCGGAUGAUUUCAGCAGAAGCUCCGGUCAUAUUUGCAAAAGCUUGUGAAAUGUUCAUAUUAGAGUUGACGUUGCGAUCUUGGAUCCACACAGAAGAGAACAAGAGGAGAACUCUACAAAAGAAUGAUAUAGCAGCUGCUAUUUCGAGAAACGAUGUUUUUGAUUUCUUGGUUGAUAUUAUUCCAAGAGAUGAGUUGAAAGAGGAAGGACUUGGAAUAACCAAGGCUACUAUUCCGUUAGUGGGUUCUCCAGCUGAUAUGCCAUAUUACUAUGUCCCUCCACAGCAUCCUGUUGUAGGACCACCUGGGAUGAUCAUGGGCAAGCCCAUUGGCGCUGAGCAAGCAACACUAUAUUCUACACAGCAGCCUCGACCUCCUGUGGCGUUCAUGCCAUGGCCUCAUACACAACCCCUGCAACAGCAGCCACCCCAACAUCAACAAACAGACUCAUGAUGACUAUGCAAUUCAAUUAGGUUGGAAAGUAGCCUGCACCUUUUGAUUAUUACAAAUUUACUUAAUGCCUUUCAGCCAGCUGUAGUUUAGUGUUGUGCAUUGAAAAAAAGCAAAAGAUUGUUUUGAGGUUUCUUGCACUCAUUUAUGAUUGUAUGAGCUCUUGUGAUGAGUUACUUUUGGUUGUGUUUACUAUUGGUGUAGUGGUUAAAUUAUUUGGCAGCUGUCCAUAACCAGAGAGCGUAGCUGCUUAAUUAGGAGGUUUGAUAUGAUGAAAUAGUUUGUAUUGUUAUUGCAGAAGGUAGGUUUAAUUCAGUAUUCCAUUCUACUGCAAUGGCUGAAUUUAUUGCUCAUCUGCAUAGUACUAGUUGAUGUUUUUUCCUGUGACUCGUUAUGUGUUAGAGUGCGAAGAAGAAUGAGUGUGCCAUAUUUA